AUGGGGGAGUUUCUGAUGGACAAGGUCGAUCUGGAUGAUGUGUUGGACAAAUUUGGUGUGUUUGACCGUUACCACGCUGUUUCUGGCAUCUUUUUGGUUUUGGGGAUGGCUUGGAACGCCAUGUGGUAUUUCAAUUUCAUUUUUGUAACUGAAAAAGUUGAAUACAGAUGCGCUGAUCAUUUGCUACCCAAUAACACAAGUGCAAAUGCGAGUACCACCUUGUGGUGCGCUAAUCCAGCGGUGUGUUCCGAGUGGGUCUAUGAUAACCCAGAUAGCUUUGUGGCUGAGUUUCAACUCGCAUGUCAAGAAUGGAAAAGAACUUUGAUUGGAGGAGUGCAAUCUUUUGGACUUAUGCUGGGUUCUUUCAUAAUCGGAGCAUUAUCGGACAGGUUCGGAAGGAAGACUUUAAUUGUCAUAACAGGAGUGACGGGCGCGGCACUCGGCCUGGCAAAGAGCUUCUCUACCUCCUAUUGGCUAUACUUUGCACUGGAAUUUUUGGAAGCUGGAUUUGGUGACGUAACGUCACCACUAUUCACGCUAGCUGUAGAAAUGGUGGCAACCAAGUCUCGCGUCACAUACGCAACAAUAUGCAAUGUGGGCUUUAGUGGGGGACUACUGGUUGUUUUGAUUGCCUGGCUUGUACCUUAUUGGCGACACUUUCAGAGAGUGCUGUACGCGCCGGGAUUACUGUUCAUAGUCUACAUUCAUGUGAUAGACGAGAGUCCUAGGUGGCUCCUUUCUCAAGGAAAGAAGGAAGAAGCUGUGCAUAUAAUUCGCAAGGCUGCUAAUCAAAAUAAAUUAAACAUUGAAGAGAACCUAAUAGACAUGAUUUCCUGUGAAAAGGAUGAAGGGUUGAGCUUUUUCACAGUAUUGGGAAACACGUUGAAAUCAAAGUCUCUAUUGAAACGAUUUAUCGUUUGUAGUGUUUGUUUGAUCGCAUGUACUUUCGCGAGUCACGGAUUGAUUAUUAACUCAGUGUCAUUGUCAGGAAACAAAUACACAAAUUUUGCACUGUCGUUUGGCUUGAAACUCCCGAGCAGUAUUUUGUCAGGGUAUAUCAUUGCUAAGUUUAAUCGGAGAAGUCCUUUAAUAUUGUUCUUCAUGGCUUGCGCUGCCCUUUGUAUUGGACAACCAUUUAUCCCAAAAAGUAAGUAUCUUCUAUGGCUUCUGAUUUUGACGUAUAUGGCGGGCAAAUUGACAGCGUCCAUGUGCUUAAAUACUGCCCUUAUUUAUACUUUCGAGCUGUUUCCUACGAAAACAAGGAGUUCUAUGCAUGCAUUGUGCUUGGCUAUAAGCAAAAUAGGUUCUAUAACGGCUACGCAAACUCCUUUGAUGAUGGCGUAUUGGUCUGGUUUACCAACAGCGAUGUUUGGUGGUGUAGCGCUAGUGGCCGGGCUCGCCACGUUGCUCGUGCCCGACACGGGGAACAAGAACCUUCCGAACACGGUCUGUGAGGCAGAGGCUUUAGAAUACUCCGAUAGAAUUAAGAAAUAAUUGUAGAAC